AUGGUCAUGGUGCGAAUCUUACGUUUGUUGAUAUUCAGAGCUCCAAACAAUCCUCCGGCAAGCAACGAUGGCAGUCCGUGUGUUGGUGAAACCGAGGACACUCGUGUAUGUGACAAGGGACCAUGUCCACCUGACUCAACGUGGACCGAGUGGACACCCUGGACACAGUGCUCGCAGACAUGCGGACCUGAUGGCAUUGUGCGACGAUACCGCGAGUGUCUGAAGCCGGAUGGAGUUGUUAGCCACGACUGUAUCGGCCUGUCAGAACAGGCGGAAACCUGUAACAACCCACCGCUGGAUGACUGCCCGGUCGACGGCGAAUGGUGUCCAUGGAGUCCCUGGAGCGGCUGCUCGAAGACGUGCGACAGUGGCACCACCUCGCGGAACAGAACCUGCGACUGCCCGACGCCUGCGAACGACGGCGUUCCCUGUCACAUGGACGAGAUCUCGUGGAACGCUCAGCAUCGGCCGUGCGCGCGCAAUAAUUGUCCUGUCGACUGUACGUGGGACUCGUGGACGCAGUGGUCGGACUGCACUAGAACAUGCGGAUCGGGACUACGCACGCGCAGCCGUGGUCAGACCCCUGCCAGUUUCCAUGGACUUGAUUGCGUGGGAGAACACGAGCAGACGGAUGAUUGCUCGCUACCGGACUGUCCGAAUAACGAGUGUCCUUACACUGGUCAAGUAUACGGGCCGGUUCUGUGCGAAGACAUUUGUCCUGCUACUUGCGAUGACAUCAGUGGCCAGUCCAGCUGUCAGGUGUCAUGCACACCCGGAGAAAAUGUUACCACGUGCCACUGUCCCGCGGUACUUGUCGAUUGCACUCUGGCCAAUGACUGCAUUGUCGAAUGUCCUUGGACACCUUGGUCUGAAUGUUCAAAAUCUUGCGGAGUGGGAAUGAGAGUUCGUUACGUCGAUAAUUCGACGCUGGUACCAGGGCAGCACUGCACUCAAGUCCUUGCUGACACGGAGGAGUAUGAAUUUUGCAAUAAAGAUCCCUGCCCGGUGAAUGGCAGCUGGAGCACGUGGGGACCAUGGAGCUCGUGUUCUGCAGACUGUGACGGCGGCACGCAACUGCGUUACCGUGAGUGUAACAUGCCGCCACCCAAGAACGGAGGUGCCAACUGCCCGGGCAACAGUGUCUCUACGAGCACCUGCAAUCUCGAUCCCUGCGAAGAACAAUGUGCAGCCGGAUUCGAAGUCAGUAACUGCUCAAACACGUGCCCGUAUAGUUGUUCCCAGAUUGCCACCGAUUGCACGUUCAACGGUACUUGUGUACCAGGUUGCAGGUGCCCAUCAGGCCAGUAUGAGAGCGACGGACAGUGUGUGGACAUAACGCAAUGCCCUUGCACAGCUGACGAUGGCAAAGAAUACCCAGCCGGAUAUAAAAUCCAAUUUUCGUGUAAAAAUUGUUCUUGCGUCGCGGGAAUGUACGACUGUGACGAGAAUUGUCCAGUCGACUGCAGCUUCAGUACGUGGUCUACGUGGACAGCAUGUAGCGUUAUCUGUGGACUCGGAAAUGAACAACGGUUUAGAGCUCCAAACGAUCCUCCGGCAAGCAACGGUGGCAGUCCGUGUGUUGGUGAAACCGAGGACACUCGUGUAUGUGACAAGGGACCAUGUCCACCUGACUGUAUCAUCGAUGGAACACCUUACACACACAACGACACCAUAUACCAGGACCCUUGCAUGCACUGUAUUUGCUACAUAGACAGAGAGCUUUGCGUCUUGAGUGAAUGCAAUCCAACGUGGACCGAGUGGACACCCUGGACACAGUGCUCGCAGACAUGCGGACCUGAUGGCAUUGUGCGACGAUACCGCGAGUGUCUGAAGCCGAAUGGAGUUGUUAGCCACGACUGUAUCGGCAUGUCAGAACAAGCGGAAACCUGUAACAACCCACCGCUAGAUGACUGCCCGGUCGACGGCGAAUGGUGUCCAUGGAGUCCCUGGAGCGGCUGCUCGAAGACGUGCGACAGUGGCACCACCUCGCGGAACAGAACCUGCGACUGCCCGACGCCUGCGAACGACGGCGUUCCCUGUCACAUGGACGAGAUCUCGUGGAACGCUCAGCAUCUGCCGUGCGCGAGCAAUAAUUGUCCUGUGCGUCUACAAUUUGCUCACAUGAAUGGUGAUUUACAGAUAACGAGUGUCCUUACACUGGUCAAGUAUACGGGCCGCGUCUCGUGCGAAACAUUUGUCCUGCUACUUGCGAUGACAUCAGUGGCCAGUCCAGCUGUCAGGUGUCAUGCACACCGCGAGAAAAUGUUACCACGCUGCCACUGUCCCGCGGGACAAGUGCUAAUGGGUGACGAGUGCAUCCUUGUUGAUGACUGUCCAUGCACCGUCUACGUGAUACAACCAAACGGGACAGAAACACGGAUGGUUUAUCCGUCCGGUGUCAACUUCACUGGAGACUACGACUGCCAGAACUGCACCUGCGAGGCAGGAGUUGCUAACUGUGUAAAUUUCCCGGAAUAUCCGUGUCGCGUGGAGUGCGAUGCAUGGACAUCCUGGAGUCCGUGUCACGUGUCGUGCGGCACGUGCGCUUACUACACGUACAGAUACAGAGAGUGUCCUGAUGAGCAUGCCGGACCACGACACGAGGUGGACGAGUGUCCGCCAAUAUCCCAAUGCCCUAUGGACUGUUACUGGAUGAACUGGUCGACGUGGUCUACAUGUAGCGCCACCUGUGGCGGCGGAACGAAACAACGCUCCAGAUGGUUUAUGCCAGAGAUGAAUGGAGGAAUUCCAUGCACUGGAUCGAGCAACGAAACUUACCCGUGCAACACCGACGAAUGCCCGACGACGGAAUGUCCGGACGGACAGAUCUACGACGAGUGUUACGCGGAGUGCAAAUAUAACUGCAUGGAUCUCUCGCAUACGACUUCUUGCCGCCACCCGCCAUACUGCAUUCCUAGAUGUCGCUGCCCGGAUGGCAUGCUUCUCCAUAACAACACGUGCAUUCCUGAGCCGCAAUGCCCCUGUUUCGUCGCUAUAUAUGACAACGGAGAAUGGCGCUUCCAGGAGAUGCAGCCAGGAGAUGUGAUUGCGCAAGGUUGCAAUGACUGUGUAUGUGAGGCGGGCGUACUCAACUGCUCUACGGAUGCCUGUUCGAAACUGGACACCGUGGGGCCGUGGUCGUCUUGUUCAGCGACAAGUGCUAAUGCGGUGACGAUGAUCCUUGUUGAUGACUGUCCAUGCACCGUCUACUUGAUACAACAAACGGGACAGAAACACGGAUGGUUUAUUCCGUCCGGAUGUCAACUUCACUGGAGACUACGACUGCCCCAGAACUGGUGGACGCAGUGUCCGCCAAUAUCCCAAUGCCCUAUGGACUGUUACUGGAUGAACUGGUCGACGUGGUCUACAUGUAGCGCCACCUGUGGCGGCGGAACGAAACAACGCUCCAGAUGGUUUAUGCCAGAGAUGAAUGGAGGAAUUCCAUGCACUGGAUCGAGCAACGAAACUUACCCGUGCAACACCGACGAAUGCCCGACGACGGAAUGUCCGUACGGACAGAUCUACGACGAGUGUUACGCGGAGUGCAAAUAUAACUGCAUGGAUCUCUCGCAGACGACUUCUUGCCGCCACCCUCCAUACUGCAUUCCUAGAUGUCGCUGCCCGGAUGGCAUGCUUCUCCAUAACAACACGACAUGCGAUGGUGGCUAUAGGGAGCGAACAAGAACAGUAGACACCCCGGCAAAUAAGAACGGACAAUGCAAAGACCCAAUCGUGCAGAGAGAAACCUGUGGAGAAGACCCAUGCGGAGUGGAUUGUCCGCCAGGAUUAGAGUUUCAUGAUUGCGCUAACAAGUGUCCAGUGCUCUGCGAAGAUCUGUCUCCAGACUACUCCGAAUGUGUUUACAACGAUACUGACUGUGUGCCGGGCUGUGUCUGCCCGUCUGGCAUGGUGUCGCAGGCGGAUGAGUGUGUACCGUACAGCGAGUGCUACUGCGCAUGGAGUGAAGACUUCGUAGCGGCUGGCACAGUGCAACCGUUGGAUAGUAACGGCAACCCUAUAACCCGCUUCCCGCCCGGUUACGUCCUUAGCAAACGCUGCCUCGAUUGCACGUGUGUCGAUGGUGAAUUCCAUUGCAAUGGGCAGGACGACGAUUGUGACGUGAAUUGCGAGUGGGAUGACUGGGUCGCUGGAGACUGCAGUGCGCCAUGCGGACCGGGCACGAGGAAUCACACGCGAGGUUACAGGACUCCUGCGUUAUACGGUGGUAGCAACUGCACAGGAGAUGAUCUGAUCACUGAAGAUUGUAACGAAGGCCCAUGCCGAGUGGAUUGUCCGCCAGGAUUAGAGUUUCAUGCUUGCGCUAACAAGUGUCCAGUGCUCUGCGAAGAUCUGUCUCCAGACUACUCCGAAUGUGUGUACAACGAUACUGACUGUGUGCCGGGCUGUGUCUGCCCGUCUGGCAUGGCGUCGCAGGCGGGUGAGUGUAUACCGUACAGCGAGUGCUACUGCGCAUGGAGUGAAGACUUCGUAGCGGCUGGCACAGUGCGACCGUUGGAUAGUAACGGCAACCCUAUAACCAGCUUCCCGCCCGGUUACGUCCUUAGCAAACGCUGCCUCGAUUGGUAG